UUAAUUAGGGCUUUGAAAAUUCUCUAGUGACAAGUUUUUCCUUUUGUUAGUCAACCUUUUUUUUUUUGGUGUCUUUGAUGUGGUAGCAAACUAGUACUGCAAAUCUAGCUAGGUUUGUUCAGAACAAGUCUGUAAUGCCGAGUCGUCGUAUAGUAUAGGUCUACGUACCAUCCUAGUAUAGAUGUGAUUGUGGAAUAUUAUAUCAAAGCUUUGGAGGAUAAGAUAUAUAGUGACCGUGGGAGUUGAAAUAUUAAUGACGAAGGUGAUGACACAGAUAUCGGGGCAACAAUGCAAGAAGAAAGAAAGAAAGAAAAGCAACGAGAGAGAGAGAGAGAGAGAGAGCAAAGAAAGGCUAGGUAGCAGAAAGAAGCUAGGGUAAAGCACACAAUGGACGCAAAGUCAGUCUGCUGCUGUGUGGAUAUGGGAAGCAAAGAAAGACCCGCACCAGGCUAGCAAAGAAAGAAAAAAAGAAGCAGCUUUUUCCAACCCAAUAAAACCCAAAAGAGAAUCACUUUACAGAAACCAAGAGAGACCACAAGGGUCAGUACUGCAAGGUCCAAAUUCAUGACACACAUUUGACAAAAGAGCAAGGUGAUAGUCAAUCAAUAUUUUGAUACUUUCUUAUUGGGAUAGAACCUAAUAUCUAAAAACACGAGUGAUUUGGGAUAGAAAGAUAAUUGAAAAUGAGAGAUUAUGCGAGAAGUAGGGUUUGGCAGAGAUAUAAUUAGAAAGAACUUGUGGAAUAACAUGAGAGAUAAGGAAGAGAGGGAAAGAAUUUGGCCGCUUAGCAAAGAUUAGGGUAUAGAAAUAAUAUCAUCAUACCCCAAUUACAAUAGACCGUAUAAAUAAAUAAAUAAAUUCUUUUAAGCUACCACAAUUAGGAGAGGCUAGCCCGGCGGUGGUUAAUGUAUGAUGGUGAAAUUGGGUAACUCCAUUAGUACGUACGAUAUUGAUCGUUUUUGAACCAACCCCGUAAUGAUUUAAUCUUGGGUGUCCUCUCCUUGAAUUCUCAGAUGUGGUAUUCCAUAAUUUAGUUGAGUGAUGGCGUGGAUGGUAGGCCGUACUGUGUGGUUUCACAGCAUGAAUCGUGCGGUGGAACGAGGGAAAGAAAGAAGGAAGGAAGGCUGCCCUCUUUCUUUCUCUCUGUGCAAUUAAUCAGCGUCACAGCCGCUCGCUGCAUGUGAAAAUAUAUUUCCUUUCGUUUCAUUUUCAUCCCCACACACUGCGCGCUCUCACUGCUACUUACUCCCUUAGCUUGUGUCAAACUCAAAAGAAAAGAAAAGAAAAAGAAGACAAUCUGCUCUUCUGCAGCUGCACUUCUGCAAUCCCUUGCAUUGCAUACUCUUGCUUCCUUCUAAGUUCCGCCUUAUAGCCUUUGUAGCCUUUUUUACCUCUCUCCUUGUGCAUGCAGCUUUUACUUUAGCUACUGCUACUGCUGCUGCAUCUUCUUUCUUUCUUUUUUUUCACUUUCUCACCUUUCCCUUCUCUCUCUCACUCUGUGGUUGGAAUGUCAAAACAAUUAUUAUGGCAUCAUUACACUAUCAUUCAUUCACUCACAUUCAUUCGUUCGUUCCCAGGCCAGGCAGGCAGCACUAUGCCUGCCCUCUUCAAUUCCCAUGCAGCAGCAACAGCAGCAGUACUAUUCCCUCAUUCAUUCAUUCAUUCAUUCUGGUUUCUGGGUCUACGUUUCUUUUUCUUCCCUUAAUUUCCACGUGUCACUUUUCUGCACCAUCGAUCUACUUAUUACCCAACCCAACCCAACCUUCUGCUGCAAGGCCAAGGCCCCCACCACCGCUGCAGUGCUCUACUCGAUCUCAACGAUGUGAAAGUGAAUGGAUGCAGCAAAUUUUAAUUAUUAUUAUUGAUGAUGCCGCAUAGAUUAAUCAGCUAGCUAUACCUAGCAUCAAAAUUAGUGUUUUCGGGGCACUACUACUCUGUCUGCUGCUUGGUAGCUGUGGAUUAAUUACUACCACUACCAACCAUGCUAAUUUUAAACAUAGCAUAUUAUUAGUAAACCAUGAAUGCAUUAGUGAGUGAAUAGUGAUCAAAAUCAAACACUCGUUACAAGGAGUUAGAGUAAGGUUGUCCAACCAUUUUAUAUCGGCUUGGUAAGUCGUAUGUUUCGACCAGGGUUAGUACACCAGUUAGGGGUGAACAAACACACCCGUAAAUCGACCCAUCCGUCCAACCCGACCCAACCCACCCGUAUUUAUCGCUAAAACAAAGGUUUUGGGUUGGGUGAGGAUUUUCUUUUGUACAACCCGCCUCUUUUGGAUUGGGUUUGGAUUUUGGAUUACACAACCCGUAGAACCCGACCCAACUUGUGUUCCAAUUUUUGGUAUGAGUUCGUAUCCAAAAAAUAUUUAUGUCGUAUAUAGCCCAUACUUAUGAGAAAAUUAAGAUAUUUCGCCAUAUUUUUCUCUUAAAGUCUCUCUAAUCUAAUGCAUUCUUCGACUUAAAGUUUAGACAUAAAUUUAAUAUAGCUAUGAUUUACGUAAUUAUUUUUCUUCUUGUGUACAAUAUUAAUAGAAUAACAUAUUAUGGAUGCGUUCAUUUGUAACCAUUUUAGCCUAUUUCAACAAAUGUCGUGAAAAAAACUAGACAUAAGUUGAAGUAAAUCAAAUUUUAUUAAAAUUCAAACAAAAUUUGUGAAUUUUGAUACCUUUCACCUCGGUUUAUUCGUUUGAAUUUUUAAAUAGUUAUAAAAUAUUUUUAUGGUGUAGAAUAAUUAUAUAUUUUGUGUUGGGUUGGGUUUUUACUUAAAAAUAUCGCCAACCCGACCCAACACAAUUAGAAACAAACCAUAGGGUUUAGAUUUUUUUGGGUGGGUUUGGGUUGAAUAUUUCUCAAACUGUAGUGCAUGGGUCGGGUGAUUAAAAUGUCUAAACCCGGACCACCAGACCUAUGUACACCCCUAGUACCAGUUCAUGCCGAUUUUAGCAAAAAUAUGUACGAAAAUGAGAAAUCAUUAACACUAAUAGAAAAAUAUAUAAUUUCUACAACUUUGAUAAGGAAUAUAACUCUAUCCAAUCACAAUCACGUAACAAUACUCGCAUAGCAUAACUUAAUAUUACUCGUGCUUCUCAUACUCACAUGUAUCAAAAGCAAAACUAUAUUUUUCAAAAAAAAAAAUCAAUGUUGAGGUGAUGUCCAUGUGGCUCUGCCACUGAACAUGAUGCUAUAAAUUUCAUUCGUAUCCUUACGAUAACUUGAUAACUCAACUUUUUAAAUUAAAAUAUAGUUCAAUACGAUCCCCUCUGAAUCAUGUAAACUAAACAUUCGCUCUCCUUUUUUCUAUGCUUUCAACAUUCCUUCCAGCUUGUUUGAUCUCUAAAUCGACCAUCAAAGUACCUCCAUGCUCUACAAUUUUCUAAUCAAUUUUCCAUUUCCAAGCUCCAGUUAUUCAUUCCUCAAAAUUUCCAUGUUCCAAUCACAUAGCUCAAACUUAACCCUUAAAUUAUCGCUUAAAUCUUUUACUUUGAUCACUUCUAAUUAUUGCAUGGCCUGCUAUAUAUAAUAAAAUACAAUACUACAACAGUGACGACUUUCCGUUCUCCCUCUGUGCUGUCGUCCCUGUUUACGCUGUGAAAGCAAGCAAACCUUCAUAAAAAUAAAAUAAAAAAAGUAAGCAGGCAAGCAAGCUGUUAGCUAUUAGCUGUUUCUUCCUUCUCAAUUCCAUCCUUCUCUCACACUCUGUACUUUCUAUGCAAUGUCUGGGAAAGAAAGACACACACGGCCAGACAGAGAGAAAAGGAAAAAUACAAUUUGCUUACUCCAUCUCUUACACCAACUUGUUCUCUUCUGCCAAGUCAAAAUACAAUUUGCUGUUGCUUGUAAAUGAAUCAAAUCAUCCUGGCGCCUAGAUCCGCCAAUAGUGUUGUCCAUGGAGUAGCAUGUAAAGCACUGCUUUUGUCUCGUUUAGAGCUAGAAUCUUUUGAUUUUUUUUUGGGUGGCUUCUUUAGAGUCUUUUAGGGGUCCUAAGUAGAAUUGUAAGUUUAACUAUUUUCCUCCAUUGAUAUCACUCAAAAAUAAAUAAAUAAAAAUCAUGGCCCCGAUCUUUUGUUAAUGGUAAUCAUUUCAUGUACCCAUUUUACCAUUAAAGUUUUGAGACAGUGUUAGGAAGAGACGAAUUUAUUUCAAUAAUUUGAGUAGUUAAAUAUGAUAAAACAAUUUUUUUUAUAUUGGUAAUCUGAUUAUUAUAGUUAUUUUUAGGGUAAAUACAAUAUAUUAGCCACAACUAUUAUGAAGGAGGGAAUUAUAGCCACAACUAUGAAAAUUCAAAUUAUUAGCCAAACGUUAACUAUCUGUUAACAAUUUCGUUAGUAUACUAACUAAAUUUUAUGUUUUAAAGUUAUAAAUUAAAAGCAGUCCGACGUGGUUGCUGUCGUGGUUGAUGACGUGCCCUUCUCCACUUAAAAUUCAAUAACAGUAACUGAUAGUUAGCUAUAUCUUGACCCGCAAUAAUAGUUAUGGCUAAUAAUUUGAAUUUUCAUAGUUGUGGCUAUAAUUACCCGCUUCAUAAUAGUUGUGGCUAAUAUAUCGUAUUUACCCUUAUUUUUAUUAUAGGCUAUAUAGUGUAUGCAUACUAGACAUUUCUUAUAGGAAAAAUAUAUCUAGGAUUGUCAUUUUCAAUUUCUACAGUAUGGAAAUGUAAAAGAGAGCAGUAGUGUAUGCAUUCAAUGGAAGUUGUGGGUAAUAGACAGAGCAAUUUGGCCCCCCUCUCCUCCUAUCUCUUUGUAUAUCGGGUUCUUUGCUUUUGUAUUCCCCUAGCUCAAGAAUUGGUGGGUUUUAAUAUUCAUGGAUAGAAUGGAAUGCAGCUUUCUAGGAAUUGAUCACAAUCCCCACCCAUUUCAGGCUAACCAUAAAUCAAAUUAAAUGCCCACUGCAAAAACCUUAUUGAAACAGUCCCAUCCCUGCAGCCCUUAAAAGUUGUCCAAAAUUAUCCCUCCCCCAUUCCUAUUUCCAUCUCCAAGAACAUUAAAACCCCACCAAAACUGGGCAACAAGUAGACUUGCAGCAUAUAUAUCAUCAUAAACAAAUAAAGAAGGAUGGUUUGUUGGAUUGCAUGCCCUAGGAGAAGGCUUGGAAUUGAAUUAGUACAAAAGGGUUUGGUCCAUCAUCAAACUUUCACAACUAUUGUUCAGCAGGCUCUUCAGGGGCGAUAAAAGGCAUUAAGAUUUUCGAGAGCGUUAUCAUAACUUAAUUUAUGAGCGGCCUACAAGAGUACUUAACGUGCUUGAAAAAUGGGUUUUAGAAAAAAAUAAAACGUAGUUUCUUAGUGAAUUCAUCAACUGACAUAAGUCUUAUAAACAUAGGUGAAAGCUCGCAAUCAUCUUCACCAUUACAACUGUACAUUGAUUGAUGAAGUUAGAACGAAGCAGUGGAUUAUGUUGUUAGCGAAAUACAAUGUUCUUGAUAAU